GGCUCCAAUACCUGCUGAAUCAAAUGCCUACACCCACCUUUAAGACCAAGCCCAAUGGAGGAAGACUCCUCCCUAUUCCACAUGUGGGGGAAAUGAAGACAAGCAAGGAUGCAGGAAGUGGAAGGCCAGGGGAGCUGGACCUGCUAUGGGGCCAACUGGGGCAGGACCAGGAUUUGGAACCAAACCCCUUCUGGACUUGACCACUUCCCAGAGUCCUGCUUGGACAACCAAAUUAUCUAUUCCUAUGUUCAUUCAAGAACAUUAUUCAGCAUCUACCAAAUGCUCCACAGGGAGUACCGUGGUGAAUUAAGCAUACUUGGUCCCUGCCUUCUUCCCAUCACAUCAGUCUGCUGCAGUGCAAUGGGACAACUCGGGGUUUCUCAGGCAGCCCUGGGCUUCCUUCAGCCCUUCGCUCCUGCUGUUCCUCCUGGCCCAGAGGCCUCCCAUCACUGCUGCUUGUCAAAAUCCUGCUCAGCCUUGUAGGCCCAGCUCCCACGCCUGACUCCCGCAGAGGUAUGCCCAGUCUGGUACCUGGAGAUGGGAUCACUGGCCCCACUGUGUCAUCUCAGGGGUGGCUCCCACAGGGCCUUGGCUCCCUUCUCUGUAGAAGGACUUGUGGGAUGGUCAUCUCUCAGGCCCUUCCCAAUUAUGUUUCUCAGAGGAGAGACUAAGGGCAUCAGAACUACACCCUCCUUCCCCGCCACCACUGUGCCUAAGGUUAAGGUAAAACUCAGGAUUUCAGCCAUGAGAGCCAAAUUCCUUGGACUGGGACAGGCCAGGGGUCAUUCACUCCCUCUUCCAAUAUGUAUUGAUUGAUCAGCUAGUACGUUAUCAAUUCUUCCUUUUGGGCCACCAGAAAUGAGGCAUGGCCCGUCCCCUUCCCUUCUUAGAAGACCCUCAGGGAAGUGUGUUUGCGUGGAGGCAUGUGCCUGUGUGUGUCUGGCUCUGUGACUCUCGGGGUGCAGCCUGGAUGGGUGGGCUCCCAGCACAGGCAGCUGGGGCUCUCCCCACCAGCCCCUGUAACAGCAGCCCAGCUUCCUGCAGACCAAAACCACAAGCAGAACAGGGAGGCGUGAGAGACACUCACAGGCUGGGUUUGGUCGCAUGCGUGUCGGAGAGGAGAGAGGAGAGAGACACAGGAACAGGAACAGCAACGGGCAGAGUAGACCCAUGCCAGGGGCGCACAGAGACCGUGUCCGCCUCCCGGGCCCAUGAUGGUGCUUUCCACGGGCAGCCACGAGUAGCCACCAGAGACAGCUCCAGACAUGUGGUUCUUCAUCGGGAUCGGUGGAUUGCUGAUGGCCGCCCUCUCAGGUCAUCCGUCUCCAGCUCCAUCUGACCGGCUCAACACCAGCAGUGCAGACAGUGAGCUAUGGGAGCCAGGGGAGCGGCUCCGGGUCCGUCUGACGAACGGGAGCAGCGGCUGCAGCGGGACGGUGGAGGUCCGGCUCGAGGCGUCCUGGGAGCCCGCGUGCGGGGCGCUGUGGGACGGCCGCGCCGCCGAGGCCGUGUGCCGCGCGCUGGGCUGCGGCGGGGCGGAGGCCGCCUCCCAGCUCGCCCCGCCGACCCCCGAGCCGCCGCCCCCGCCCGCAGCCGGGAACACCAGCGCCGACGACGCGAACGCCACUCUGGCCGGGGCGCCCGCCCUCCUGUGCAGCGGCACCGAGUGGCAGCUCUGCGAGGUGGUGGAGCACGCGUGCCGCAGCGACGGGAGGCCGGCCCGGGUCACCUGUGAAGAGAACCGCGCGCUGCGCUUGGUGGACGGUGGCAGCCCCUGCGCCGGCCGUGUGGAGAUGCUGGAGCGUGGCGAGUGGGGAUCGGUGUGCGAUGACACUUGGGACCUGGAGGACGCACACGUGGUGUGCAGGCAACUGGGCUGCGGCUGGGCGAUCCAGGCCCUGCCCGGCUUGCACUUCACGCCCGGCCGCGGGCCCAUCCACCGGGACCAGGUGAACUGCUCCGGGACCGAAGUCUACCUGUGGGACUGCCCGGGGCUACCGGGACAGCGCUACUGCGGCCAUAAAGAGGACGCGGGCGUGGUGUGCUCAGAGCACCAGUCCUGGCGCCUGACUGGGGGUGCUGACGCCUGCGAGGGGCAGGUGGAGGUCCACUUCCGAGGGGUCUGGAACACGGUGUGUGACAGUGAGUGGUACACGUCGGAGGCCAAGGUGCUCUGCCAGACCCUGGGCUGUGGCACUGUGGUGGAGAGACCCAAGGGGCUGCCCCACUCCUUGGUCGGCCAGAUGUACUACUCAUGUAACGGGGAGGAGCCCACUCUCUCCAACUGCUCCUGGCGGUUCAACAACUCCAACCUCUGCAGCCAGUCGCUGGCAGCCAGGGUCCUCUGCUCAGCCUCCCGGCGUUUGCACAAUCUGUCCAUUCCCGAAGUCCCUGCAGGUGUUCAGCCAGUCACUAUAGAAUCUUCUGUGACAGUGAAAAUAAAGAACACAGACUCUCGGGAGCUAAUGCUCCUCAUCCCUUGCGUUGUUCUGGGAAUUCUCCUCCUUGGCUCUCUCAUCGCCAUAGCCUUCAUCCUCUUGAGAAUUAAAGGAAAAUAUGCCCUCCCCGUAAUGGUGAACCACCAGCACCUACCCACCACCAUCCCAGCAGGGAGCAAUAGCUAUCAAGCGGUCCCCAUCACCAUCCCCAAAGAAGAAGUUUCCAUGCUGCCCAUCCAGGUCCAGGCCCCACGCCCUGAGGACUCAGACUCCGGCUCAGACUCAGACUAUGAGCACUAUGACUUCAGCGCCCAGCCUCCUGUGGCCCUGACCACCUUCUACAAUUCCCAGCGACAUCGGGUGACAGAUGAGGAGGUCUGGCAGAGCAGGUUCCAGAUGCCACCCCUGGAGGAAGGACUUGAAGAGUUGCAUGCCUCCCACAUCCCAGAUGCCAACCCUGGACACAGCAUUACACACCCGCCAUCCCUUGGCCCUCAGCAUUGCCCGAGGGGCAACAGCGAGUCGAGCACCUCUUCUGGGGAGGAUUACUGCAAUAGUCCCACAAGCAAACCACCCCCAUGGAACCCCCAGGCAUUUUCUCCAGAGAGGAGUUCCUUCCCGGAGCAGCCCCCAAACUUGGAGCUGGCUGGCACCCAGCCAGCCUUUUCAGCAGGGCCCUCCGCUGAUGACAGCUCCAGCACCUCGUCCGGGGAGUGGUACCAGAACUUCCAGCCGCCACCCCAGCCCCCUUCAGAGGAGAAGUUUGGCUGUCCAGGGUUCCCUGGCCCUCAGCCUGACUCCACCGAUGAUGACUAUGAUGACACUGGCGCAGCCUAGACCGGGCCCGGCUAAGGCUCCUGGGGCGGCUCCAACCCUCUGGCCUCCUGCUCUACCUACUCCCUUUCCCCUCCGCCACCCUCCCAGAUCACCUCCCCAUGGAGCUGAGAGGCCUCCCCUGGAGAGACGGAAGGAAAUGUUACACCUUGUACCCCUCAGUCUCCAUCCAUCAAGCCAAACCUGCUGGCAAAGGUCUCCCCUGGCCCCAGACAGCGCCCCAAACAGCAGCCCCAGGAGGAUGCUGCCUCCAAGAGGUGUGAGCCCUCUGUCUUGGGGAUGAACAAGCAGAGUCCGGACUCCGUCUUGGCAGCUGGUGGGAGGGUUGGGGAGCUGGACUGGCUGACUCUGGAGGCCUGUUCUAACCCUCAGGUGUCGGGCGCUUUGAUUCCCUGCGUCUCUGACACUUCAGGGCCAGAACUGGGCCCCCAUGCCAGCACUGCUGCAGGAGGGCCCAUGUGCUAGGGGCUGCUGGGCUGUUGUCACUGAUAAGUGGCUGCUGGGGGGAUGGGGCAGCACACCAGGUGUCCCAGGCUCUGCUCGGGGUGGUAACUGCACCUGGGCAGGGAAUAUAGCCUUCCUGGGCACAAUGAGCUGACAAUGACAGGUUGACUGUGUACCCCCAACCAAAGAGCUGGGGCCCAAGGCCAGUCCUGCCCCAGAGACACUCCACAUCCACCAGGGGCACAGAAAGUUCUGCAGUGACCUUCCCUGGACAGUCAUAGUCUGAGCUUCCUAUGGUUUACAAAGAAGGUCACAGCCCAGUCCCACCACUGAGCCCAGCGAUAGGGGCCCAGUCCCCAUGAGGGCAGGAGCAUAGAGAUGUCUUCCAGGAAGGGGCUCAGAAGCUGCACUAAGCCCUGAGUCCCCAUGUAUCUCCUUGAAGUGAUGAGGAUGCUCCCGGGAUGAACGCGUGAAUAUUCAGUGUUGUGCCCAGAGCUGCAAACGUCUCCAUGCAGCCCCCAGAGAAAGGCCCACAGACUCAGGCCAGGCUCGGGUGUACUAUUCUGAGUAUCCUGAGAUUAAACUGAAUUGCUGAA